AUGACAUUUCCAUCGACAAGAUGCAUUAUUGAUUGUACUGAACUGUUUUGUCAGAAACCUUCAUCACUGAGACACCAGAGUUCUUUAUAUUCUAUUUAUAAACAUCAUGUAACUUACAAAGGAUUGUUAGGUAUUUCUCCUUCAGGAACAAUAACUUUUAUAAGUCAACUUUAUGAUGGAUCUAUUUCUGACAAAGAAAUUGUUGUAAGAUCAGGUUUCCUUAAUAAAGAACUAUGGAACAAAAAUGAUUCAGUUAUGGCUGAUUGUGGGUUUACCAUUUCAGACCAUUUAAACACAAUCAAUGUUAAAUUAAAUAUACCAUCUUUUUUAAAUGGACAACUACAGCUAAGUAAAGAAGAUGCUACAGAAAGUCAAACCAUUGCAUCAUUGAGAAUUCACGUAGAACGUGCUAUUCGUAGAAUUAAAGUAUUUCGCCAAAUAAGUAAUGAAAUUUCUUUGGUGUUUCACGGUUCAAUUAACCAACUAUGGACAAGGGUAUAA